AUGGACGUAAGCUUGACCUAUGAUAUAUGGAUGUUCUGUUCUGUGUCAACACUGUUCGCUGUCAUAAUCGUUAUCACUAUUGUUGGGAACACUCUGGUGUUCAACGCAUUGGUUCGCUUCAGACGACUACGUUCCACAUCAAACUUGCUCAUUGGAAAUUUGGCAGUGAGUGACUUUCUUCUGGCGAUCACAGUCUUACCGUUUUCAGCGACCACCGAUGCUACUGGUCGCUGGUUGUUUGGCAGGCACCUAUGUGAUGCAUGGUUGACUAUUGACGUUUUCUAUUGUACAGCUUCGAUAUGGAAUCUCGUAGCCAUUGCGUUCGACCGCUUCAUAGCAAUGAGCUUUCCUGUGUGGUACAGAACAAGACAAUCUAUCUGGUAUGUCCUUGUACAAGUGAUUUUGGUAUGGGUUUUAUCUGGGCUAAUAUGUCUACCGGGACUAUUGGGUUGGGGAAGCAGAACCCCAGAGCCGUUCCAGCCACAUGACCCAGUGGGGAACUUGACGAGGUAUGAACACAACGGUACCAAACAGCACCUUGUCAUCCAUCCUUUCUCAACAAGCACACAUGUUUAUGACCCAGAGACUGGGUCGUAUAACUGUGUACUGUUUACGGAACCUUCCUACGUGGCCUAUUCUGCAAUGGGAUCGUUUAUCAUCCCUCUGAUCAUCAUGCUCGGACUAUAUAUGAAAAUAUUUUUGGUACUGCGUAAACGUGGUCGGCUGCUCCGUAAAAACCAGAAAGCUCGGAAAAAAGCUCUAUCCAAUGUGGAUGCGACCGAUUUGACGUAUGAAUUUCCUGCACGUCCAAAAAAUUGUCAAAGUAUCGAAUCGGUAUCUGGCCAAACGAAUACUACGAAAAGGAAAAGUGAUGUAUGCGUUAAACAUGAAAUUCAGGUUUUCAUUUGCGAAACAUCGGGGUCAAACAAAGGGGCCAAAGAAGAAGAACCAGUGCCUAAUCAAGAUCCAUGGGUCAUUAAGGCACAAGACUCAGAGAGAAAACUGGAGAACAGAGAUGUAAAACACCACGAUUCUGAAAGUUUCAUCGAAAUUUGUAGACAAGAGCAAAAAUCUGUGACAAACAAUAACAGUCGAGCAAGAUUACUGAACACAACAACCGACCGGAAUGAAGAUGACACGGUUUGUGCUUAUCUUCACCCAUCCAACACUGAAAAGACACAGUCAAACGUGACAAUGCACGAAACCCUUGUUGAAAACAAUUCACAUCACACAACUUCCGUUCUCAACACAAGUCAUCGGUCAACUCAGACUCGGUGCAAAAAAGCAUCACGAGAGGGAUACACUAUGGCGGAUUCCAAUGGGCCGGAUCGCGAACAAGCUAGAGCAGACCAUCGCGAACGACGAGCUACAAAGCGUAUGGGUCUUAUCAUAUGCAUUUUCAUUCUCUGCUGGAUCCCAUUCACUAUAUUUUACAUGGUACGCGGGUUGUGUGGAGAGCAAUAUUGCUCUGAUAUUCCACAUCUACGAAUGUUCGUCACAUGGUUGGGAUAUGCCAACAGUGCACUUAAUCCUAUCUUGUAUGCUGUGUUUAACAGCCAGUUCCGACAGGCAUUUUGCUCAAUACUUCACUGUUCCCAUUCUAUACGUAGGAGGAAGGUGAAUACAAGACAAGCGAGUGAACCUAAGUCCACCUGA